AACUGCCCAAUUUCCUCAAAAAUGACCGACCAACCCGAGCAGUCCGAGGCCAACGAGGUCACUGAGACGGCAAGGAACACCAAGGGGCGCCGUACUGCGCACAAGAAAUCUCGACGGGGUUGCAUGCAGUGUAAGAAGUGCAAGGUCAAGUGCGAUGAGUCACGACCCGUUUGCUUCAACUGCCUCCGGAGAGACGAUGUCGACUGCAGCUUCCGGCGUCAGAUCGACUCGGCCGGUGAUGGUGGCACACGGACAGAAAACGCCACCACCAUUGAUCAAGAAGAUUCAUUCUUGUUCGACCUCGGCGCUCUUGCGCGUAUUGGCGAUGGCCGGCCCGAGUACGUGGCGAGGCAGAUCGCCGUCGCGCUUAGGACAGAAGCAGCGACACACGCUCAAACCAAUACAAGGCUCUCGUCUUUGGAAACAGGCCUCCAGCAUGUCUCGAAUAACAACAACCUGAUACCUUCGCAGCCGGACCAUCAUGCCGAGCUCGCUCUUCUUCACCAUUGGUGCACGGUCACGGCACCAUGUCCAUCGUGGGCUGGGUUUAGCAAGAGGAGGGGUCCCUGUGUAGAGCUUUCCGGCCGCUUUAAGAUCUGGACAAAGCACAGGAGCUGA